AUGGCAGAUCGCAAUCUGUACACGACGUACAAGAGGGACACCAAGUACUUGGUCUACUGGAUGGUCUAUGCCUCCAACCAUAUCCUUCGUGGUCUAGAGAAGCCCGAGCAUGACUCGUUGGGCCUCAACACCACAGGGCAAACCACCGUUUCCGGUCUGGUGGCCAUGUCCAAGCUGAUCGCCGCCCAUGCGAUCCCUGUCCCAUUGGUCAUUCAGCGAUUGCUCAAGUCCAUCAUCGACGCCCGCUCCCAAGUCCACGCACUCUUUGAAAAGCUAGCAGGAGCCGACCCGGACCCCGAACUUGCAAGGAGCAAUGCCUCCCAUAAGCACUUCAUUGACGCUCUCAAGGAAGCUUUCGAUGCCAUGGGAGGCUUCGCCUGGACAUCUUCGCAGCCAGGCAACCCGGAUGAAGAGGCUGAUCUGGAUGAGUUGAUUCUUUCGAACAAAUUCUCUACCUUACGAAUAACCACUGGCCAAGCCGGAGAGAGUGAAUCCGAUGCAGACGAUUCCGAGCCUGACAUACACGACGCACCCCGCAGACGACAAGCCCCUAAGGGCGGAAAAGGCAAGAAGGGCAAAGGAAAGAAGAAGGGACCGUCUGGGUGUACAAAACCCACAUUACGGGAAGCUGAUUUGGAUGAUGUCCCUUUGGAGAGCUUCCGCAUCAUUGAAGACUUCAACGAGGGCCAGAAGGAGGGACCUGGAAUCACGACCGACUACUUGGUUGCCGUGUAUGAUGUUUUCCAAGAAAUUAUUUCUGUCAGAUCAUACACGCAGGACCUCUGGCGUGAGGUAGCAUACGAUGAUUUGAACAGCGCCGUUGCUGCGGCAGUCUCGAACAUGGCCAUUGCUGCCGUUAAGAAGAUGGCUACACAAAUCUUUGUAGAUUUUCCAGGCAACGACUCAUUUGAUGCCAUUUUGCAAACGAUUACCCGGGGAAGCCCUGAAAAAUUCAAGAAGCGAUUCCCGAUAUCUUUGAUGGUAGCCACGGACGACGACGCCAACAUGAGAAAAGUCUGUGAGAACUAUAUGGAUAUCCAGGAGCAAUUCCUCAUGUAUGCCUACAAGGAUUUCUGCGAUUUCAUCGCCGAUUUUCGCCUGAAUCGCACCGGGAAACCGACAAAACGAAUGCAGACACAGCUGGCGAAUUGGGAUCCCAAACUCGACCUUCAAAAUGCGACCCCAGAGGAGAGAAUCAAAUGGCGGCGUGCUUACACCAUCAACUGGUUGUAUGACCUUGUCAACCUGUUUUCCUUCAGCGUUGUCCAAUCGAUCACUCUCAAAGGAGAAAAACAUGAUCUCGCCACAGUGGACUGGUCAGCUAGCGGUCCAUGGCGUCAUCACCGCAGGCUAUUUGGUCUCAAUGAAUUUGCCGGCCUGGUUACAUCGCUGGCCUUCCAAAAUCCAUCGGCAGACCUAAAAUCCAAGAUACUACCCCAUCAUGUCUUCCAGCUUCAGUGUAUCGUGGAUUCCAUGACGGUGUCUCGAGGAUGGCGGCUUAACUGUCUCCAUGGUCAUGUCAUGACUGCCCCGAGCUUCAAGUAUUUCCCGCGGCGGGAUGUUGACCUCUUCCUGGAUCGGCACAACAAGACCCAAGCCGGUUUUCUGCAAGGCGAAUUCAUUCUCAGGCAACUCCUCGAACAAGAUGCAGCAAGCCGUGGCGGACCAAACAUUCAUGACACAGCGCUUGCGGUAUUGGAAGUGAUCAGGCUGCAAUUCAUCGACUGGCUCGGUGAGACGAAAUACAUGUAUGGGCUAAACACCAUUCCACCUUCUCGUUUCACCAGCACGAAUCCCAAUGGAUUGUACGAGUAUUCGCCAUUCACAUGUGGUGCCGGGCUCUUGGAGGGUCUAGAGUUGGCCUAUUUGAUUGGCGUUUACAUCUGGGACACUGCUCCGGAACUCACGAUGGUCAUCCAUCUUCACAACAUGCUCGAGAAGAAGGGCUUUCUCGAGAGUCCGAUUGGACUUUGGUCUUCUAUUGCAUGGAUUUUUGCCGAUUCCCUGUUUUUUGACAAAACGCCGCCCACUUCAAACUUUUCCCAAGCCUACCUCGAUCACGCCCAAAGGAGAGAAACUGGAAACAGAACCAGGAAACGUGCCGACGAUCUUUUUGGUGCUCUCAAUCCCAAGGCUAAUAUGUUUUUCAAAAACAAAACGCAUACGCAAAUUCUAAGAGACGCGGGGUGGGAUCCACAGAGAGUUUCUGACAGCGAUAUCUUAAUUCGGUCCAUUCUCGCCGCCCUGCGGCUCUCCCGAGUCAAAAGGCUGAAGGAUCCGGUGACCGGGAAAAUGAAGCUGGAGGAAACCGAAUUGGUACGUAGAGCAAAGCAGUCCGGUAUGAGCGAAGAUGAAGUCAUAGCCGUUGCCUCUUCAGUCGAUACCAAGAUUGCCUCUAUAAAUGCCGGGGAAGCUCGCAAACUCCAACAAAUGGAAAAUUAUAUGGAUACUGUACCGGAGAUGAGAUGCUCCACCGCCGAGUUAUACGGGAAAACAGGUGAGACGACGUUGGACUACCUGGAACAGUCAAAAUGGGACAUUUUCAAAGCCAUAAAUGGCGAUGUGCCCGUCAUGGGACUGAGCUUCCUAUGGCCUACCGCCGUUGUCUACCAAUUUUUCGUAACUGUGGAAGAGGAACUCCGCGAGAAGCGAAAUCCCUUGUACAUGAUGUGCUUUGAGAACGCGAAGUAUUCUGAGGACAAGCGAAUGGCUCUGGUCCUUGGUGCUCUCAUAGGAGAAGAUGAAGAGUGCUUGCGCGUGAUGGCCAGUGUGCUGGAAAGAUUUCGAGUUAGUUUCGUUUGGCACAUGUACUGGAAGGAUGUGGAGACGGUCGAGGAAAGAAUGCAGAGAAUGGAAAACAGAGAGGAACCCAAAGGUCCUGAAUGUACCAUAAUGUAG